CGCGCAUCACGUGUUCCGGGAACUGGUCGGCAGAUGGCGGGGUCUCCAGCAAGUGAACGUACCGUGUGUUUCCGUGGCGUAAGAUGGCGCUGCCCUUUUCACGUUCUUGGCGCUUUUGCCGCUGGGGAACCAAACGAUUUGCGGUUGCUGCCGGGGAAGCCCGGAGAGGCAUCAGUUUCAAACUGGAAGAAAAAACUGCCCACAGCAGUCUGGCACUCUUCAGAGGUGACACAUGUGUCAAAUAUGGCUUGGUAGGAUUGGAACCCACCAAGGUGGCCCUGAAUGUGGAGCGCUUCCGUGAGUGGGCAGUGGUGCUGGCAGACACAGCGGUCACCAGUGGCAGACACUACUGGGAGGUGACAGUGAAGCGCUCCCAGCAAUUCCGAAUAGGAGUGGCAGAUGUGGACAUGUCCCGGGAUACCUGCAUCGGUAUUGAUGAUCGUUCCUGGGUGUUUUCCUAUGCCCAGCGCAAGUGGCACACCAUGUUGGCCAACGAGAAAGCCCCAAUUGAGGGUAUUGGGCAACCAGAGAAGGUGGGACUGCUGCUGGAGUAUGAGGCCAAGAAGCUGAGCCUGGUGGAUGUGAGCCAGGUCUCUGUGGUCCACACACUACAGACAAAUUUCCAGGGUCCCGUGGUGCCUGCUUUUGCUCUUUGGGAUGGAGAGCUGCUGACCCACUCUGGGCUUGAGGUGCCAGAGCAUCUCUAGUAUGUCCCUUAUUAGAGUCCCUAAUCAUGCUUUUGGCCAGCUUCCAAUUGAAAGCAUAUGAAACUGUUUUACUUUGCCCCAAACAAUCUCUCUCUCCCACAACUUGUUGUUGGGUCCUCUGUGCAAUAUCUUAGUCAUUUUCUAUCUCCUACCUUAUGGAAGUUAGGCAUACAGCCAAGCUUCCCCUUCAAACUAUUGCCAGUAUCCUGGGCUUCACAGGUAUAGUUUCCUAUACUUGAUUCCUUUAUUCCCUCUGCCUCCUAUGCCUCAAGACUGUUCAGUCCUAGGGUCUUGUCUUUUAGCCUAGUUGAGUUUGUUCACUGUGAUACCUCUCUCUCCCUUUAUCUAUAUGUUACCUGUUUGUUUUGAGGUUUCUACCAAAUCUCUCCAGAGUAAAUCUUUUCUACCUCUGGCUGGAGGAGUGGCGAAGUCAGUGAUUUGGUCCUUUCUCUGUAGCACCUACAGAGUCUGUUCUGGUCCCUCAGUGUUUAUUGACCCAGUGGAUCAGAGUGAAAACAGAAUCCCCAAGUACCUCAGAGCCAAAGACCCUCAGCCCCACACAGAUGGCAGCUAUCCUUACCCUGAGUCCAUCUACCUUCAUCUGUAUACCUCCUAUACCCAGCCAAUCCAUCAUCAUCGUGCCAGUUAUAAUUGUGACAAAGGGAAGAGAACUAGGGGGAAAUCUAGGGGAUUUGUGUCAGAAACAUUAUUCUUAAGUUCUGCCGUCAUUUCUGCCACAGUUGAAACUUCCAGAGGAAGGAAGGAGGUCUGAGGUUUUGCAUAGUCCAUUUGGGGGGUCUAUUGAGACUCACACUCAUUCCCCUUAGCACCAUAAUACACUUACCCUAAAACAAUAUUUGGGGUUGAGGAAAUGAAGUAAGUGAAAAUGUAAGUGAAAUGUGUAUUGUUUGGACUCUGUCUGACCCUGUGGUUCUAUCUUACUUUACCUUCUAUGAUGGCGAUAAAGCUGGAGUGCCCCUAGGGGAAAAGAGAAUGACUAAGUUUAGCAAAAGUAAUUUGUAUAAUUAAAGUUUAUUUGAGCACAAAA